UAUUUUAUGGGAAACUGCUUUAGGGCUUCAGCAUCGAAAUACGGAGAUUGGAUCUGUAGACAUGUAGCCAUAAGAUGAACGUCAUCUCAUUCCUCGUUCUACUUACCACAUUCGUCUCAAUCACUCGCUCAUCAACGUACUCAGAAGUAAAGGACAAUAUCCUGACGUUUCUACAACGGUCAAUAGCUGGCACAAAAGAUGAAGUCCCAAAUCUCGAUUACAAAAAAGAAAGAAAGAAGGAUCUUCAAGACGCAAAAACAGCACAACUCAAAGCGAAAAUGUUAAAGAAUGUGAAAAAGACGAAGGAAAAAGACGAGCCUGUAAUACAUCAAAUGAAAGAUCAAAACAUAGGCAGACAGAGGUUCCACAUGGAUCCGGUGCUGAACUUCUUGAGUCGAAGGUCAAGCAGCAAGAACAAGGGCAAAGAUAAAUCAGUGUCGUCCAGUUCCAGCGUUGAGCUCCAGGACUGGAAAGAUGAAUGGAAGGAGCACUGGAUACAGAAGAAGUUUGACGCAAUCAAUUCUUCUGCGCCUAGAGGAGAUACUGUCAAUAUGCUUGCAGCUAGGCCGUGGGGAGUUCCGUGCGGGGAUCCGAACCAACACGACAUGCCCUGGGGAUCCUGCAUGCUGCCCAUGGAAUGCGAAUCCGAAUACAGGAUAUACAGAGGAGACUACUUCUGCGGGCGAACCCAGUUCGUAUGCUGCGCUCUACAGCUAACCACCUACGAUAUGUACCAAGGAUUCGACGUCUCAUUUGCCGAUUCAAGUCUCGCCACAGAUUCAGAAGAAAAAAGGAACCGCGAAAUGGGAUCGAAAGAACGAAGACGAAAAAAGAAGGCUCGAGAAAAGAGACGUCGUAGGCGCCAGAGAUUGAAGCGUAAAAGACAAAUAAAGAGGAACAUCAGGAAAAUUAUUAAAGAAAUCAAAAGGAUUCUGAACAGAGCGUAUAGAAACGGGACGACGGAAAGAAAGAGGAAGACGAAGCAGCUGAAGAAGUUUAUCAAAAGUCUAAAGAAACAGUACAAGAAAGAUCGUUAUGCAGUGAAGAAUAUCCACGAGUAUGAAUUGCUGAAAAUUGACGAGGAGUUGCAGAAGAAACUCAAACAGAUAAUGGGGUUGAAUAAGGACUUUAUAUCGAAUAGCACUUUCAGGGAUAUCAUUGUGAAUGGAACGGUCACCAAGGAAGGUGUUAGGAUGCUGGUGGAAGCUUAUCCAGAGCUCAGGCCUAUAAUAGAUAGGACGAGGCGAAACAACUAUGAGGAUAGGCCUGACUAUUUAGAAUACGAUAUAGAGUACGGUCUUCUUUAUUACUGAGGAAUAAAGUUGAAUAAAAAUAUUUUUUGA